AUGAAAGACUCUCCCAACAUGGCCGAAGAUCAACAAAAGUAUAGGCACAAUCAAUCGAAUCUCAAUAUCAGUAAUCAAUUCUUCGGGGCCCGGUAUCGUUGGUCUACAGUUCCGCAGGAUGCACCCCAGUCUACGGAGGAAGCGCAGGCCUUGAUCGACCAGCUGUAUCUCUCUGGCGGGCCGUUCUUCUCCAAGGAAAUGAUCCGACUGGCCUUUGAGCAGUGUCAGCGAAAGCCUGUCCGGGGAGAGAUGCUAUACAUCAACGAUGUCACCGGUGCCGUUGUCGAAUUUGAGUGCCAAACAGGCGAGGUGAAGAUUCAGAUUGACCAUGACGGUGAAAAGUCCACGUACCUCCUACUUGACCCGGUGCUCUCAUACGAAUGCCGCGCUCACCUGAAGCACCAUCUUUGGUGGACGGGCAUUCGAGAGGAUCGAUCCCCAUUCUGUAGUUUGACCCUGCUACAUCCCUCCUUCAAGUUCAAGACCGAUACCAGGGAGCCCAUUGACCCCACCCCGCGCCGUCCACCUGAGGCAGUUGCGCAGGAGUUCCUGGACCGAAGCCGCAAGUGGCAGAAGUCCGAGGUUGCGCAGCAGCUUGUUCACAUUCUGUGUGCCCACGCCGCAGGACACGAGAUUAGCAAGAUCAUUGGGCUCGCGCUCGGUGCCAUCUCCUACGAUACUGAUGACCGCUCGAGGUCAUUCGUUCAGCAUGCUUUGCUGCUCACGCUCCAGGAUUGGCUGAUGGGGCGAGACAAGAAGGACAAGCCCGUCUGUUACGCCCAAGAUCCAGCAUAUCGGUCUGUCGACCGACAGAUCCUGAAAGAGCAUGGGAUCGAGGCCAUCGACGAUCCCCGGGCGUGGCUCGAAAUCGACAAUGAGUCAAUUGUGUUCUCUGUGGCCCCCAACGUGCCGGUCAAGGAAAUCGUGGCGGAUAUUGCUCGUCCGGCGAUUGUCAUUUGGGAACGGGUGGGAUAUAACGAUGCAGAUCGGGAAGGGAAAAUGUCGUGUACCGACCCCGAUUCCCCACGGGUUCGAGCGAUGCUGGCGCAGUACGAGGUCUUUGACUUUGGCGCAGAAGAUGACCCGGACUUUUGCAAGACCGUGAUAUAUAUUCGUCGUUGCAGUAGUUAG